AUGGACUCCACUAGAUCACCGCUGCCUUCGACCAAUGUCCAGUUCCCUUUUAACCUGGGCUGCGAUGAGAAUGUGAGUGAUAAAGGGAAAGUCACCAUGGAUGAAAUGGACUUCUUCUCCGAAAAGAAGAAGGAUUGCGACGACGGUGGUGGUGGAGGCGCAGGCGCAGGCGCCGAUCCUACGGAUUUAUACACUACCGAACCCUCAGAUUUCAGCGUCAAUACUGAACUCUUCCUUCGCACGGAGAACAACGGUGGGGAUCAGCUCAAUAAAGGCGGGACUCUUUCUAAUUCCGAUCUCAAAACUGAGGUAGGGAUUCUGAAAUCCGAGCUAAAAAGAUUGAACUCAGAGAAUGAGCAUUUGAAGGAGACGCUAGCUCAAGCCACCAACAAAUACAAUGGCUUGCAAAUGCAUAUGCAAAAAUUCAUUCAAGAAAAACAGCAAAACAUUGCUGAAGAAGGUAAGAGCUCCCAUGGAAAUGGUUCAUCCUCAAUGCAUCGACAAUUUGUCGAUACCGGAGUGCCAGCCGGGGCUAAUGCCAGCGACAUUUCUUCGUCUGAAGGCCCGGCUGAUGACGAGAAUCUAAGCCCUCAACACAAAAUUCUCACUCAUUCUGCUUCUUCCAACAGUGUCGAUCAGGCCACUGAGGCCACCAUCCGGAAAGCCCGGGUUUCUGUUAGGGCCCACUCUGAGGGCCCUAUGAUGAAUGAUGGAUGUCAGUGGAGGAAAUAUGGUCAAAAGAUAGCCAAGGGAAACCCGUGCCCUCGUGCAUACUAUCGUUGCACGAUGGCAGUGGCUUGUCCAGUUAGGAAACAAGUGCAAAGAUGCGCGGAGGAUAGAAGCGUUCUCAUAACGACAUACGAGGGGCACCACAACCAUCCGUUGCCACCAACAGCUAUGGCUAUGGCGUCCACGACCUCAUCGGCUGCAAGAAUGCUCCUCUCCGGCUCAAUGCCGAGUGCGGACGGCUUAAUAAACUCGAGUUUCCUAGCACGGACGCUCCUCCCUUGCUCCACCAACAUGGCCACUAUCUCCACCUCCGCGCCCUUUCCCACGGUUACAUUAGACCUAACGAAAUCCCCGAAACCCCUGCAAUUUCCCCGAGCUCCGAUCCCCUUUCCUACACCACCGGCCGCGGCCCUGCUACCACAGCUCUUAGGCCAGGCAUUGUAUAACCAAUCCCAAUUUUCCGGUCUACAAAUGUCUCAAGAAAUGGAUCAAAACAAUCAGCAACUGCAAAAUUUAAAUUCAUCAACUAAUCAAUUAGGGCAGACUAAUAAUGACACUUCUUCAAAUUCAAUUCAGGCUAAUGAUCCUAAUUUUGCUGCGGCAUUGGCUGCAGCCAUCACCUCCAUCAUAGGCGGUUCGUCUACGUCUACGAACAACAAUAGUAGCAACAACAACAACAACGAUGCCAAUAAUGGAUCCAACUUUUAUUUCAAAUGA